AAUCAAAAACCCAGAAAGAAGAAGAAGGUACUCCAAUUAUCACUCUUUCCUUCCAUUUUAUUACAGUUUUCCGAAAUCCACAAAAUACAAGAAAGAAGAAGAUAUUUGCAACAUUCCCCAAACAAUAUUUUCAUUUCCCCCCAAAUUUGUCGACACUUUCACAAACGUCGCAAAUUUCACAAUUCCACACUCUUGAAGAGAGAGAAAGUGUACAAUUGAUGCAUUCUGGAGUAAUUCAUGUUCCUCAAAUCUUCAAUUUAGAGAGAGAAAAAACAAGGAGUUAAUUCAAGCAUAGAGGGAUAAAAUUAGGGUUUUUGGGGGGUUGAAUUAGGGUUUAUAAUUUUGGAAAUCAGCAUUUGUUUGGUUAGAAAGAGAUGACGGAUGUUGUACUUCACAUUUACGAUGUGACGAACAGCGGUUCAGAUAAGACGAACAAUACUAUUAUGCAUAUCAACAAGUUCUUCAAAGAUGGAAUUGGAUUAGGCGGUAUCUUUCACAGUGCUAUUCAGGUGUAUGGAGAAGAUGAAUGGUCGUUUGGGUAUUGUGAACAAGGAACUGGAGUCUUUAGCUGCCCUGCUACACAAAACCCCAUGUAUACAUACCGUGAAAAAAUUGUUCUUGGACAAACCAAUCUUCCUGUCUCCAAGGUUAAUCAGAUUUUGAGGGAACUCAGUAGAGAGUGGCAAGGGGAAUCCUAUGAUUUGCUCGCACGAAAUUGCAAUCACUUUUGUGAUGAGUUAUGUGAAAGGUUUGGUGUUCCAAAACUUCCAGGUUGGGUUAACCGAUUUGCACAUGCUGGUGAUGCUGCAGUUGAAAUAGCGGGAAACACUGCAUAUCGUUUCAAACAAGCUAAGACAGAAAUUGUCACAGCCAGCAAGGUUGCAUAUCGUUUCCUUGCAGGCAUUGCCUCUAACUCACAAGUAUCCCCGGACAGCCCAAAUUCCAACAGGAAUUCACCUCGAUUCCAAGUUUCUUGGUUCAAGAAUAUGAUUCCUGCUGGUGACAAACCCUCCACAAGCUCUGUAAUUGAUGGGCCAAAUCAGGACGUGAUUAGGCAACAGCAGCUGCAACAGGAAGCAGAUGAUGAAGCAGCGGCAGCAGCACCCCUCAGACAGAAUUCACGUCGUGGUAGCUGAUGGGAAGAGUACAUGGUUUUUUUAACUGAUAAAAGAUGCCAAUGCUAUUCUCCAAGAAUGUGUUAUGUAACUGUGUAUCCUUGUAAAAUGUACUGCUCUCUCUUCUUUAAACUUGCACUUACGACCAACUCAAGUUGUAUGAAGUACAUUGUGAAAAUUUGUUGUAUUCCUUCAAAUUCCUGCAACAAAAUUGUUAGGCCAGUUUUACCAUCCUGCUUCCCCCCUCUACGUGGGAUGGAAUUGCAUUUACAUUAGUAAUAUUCUCAGGCUUCCAGCAAGUUAGCAAUUUAUUUUCUUUGCAUUGAACUCAUUUUGUGAGAACUUUGUAGUCACGGUAUAGUAUUUCAGAACUGAAACAAUUUAUUCAGUGUUCCCUUGUUAUAAA